AUGCCGAACAUCGUCUCCAAGCACAGCUCGCAGUUUCGGGGCAACGCGCAGCACGAUGCCCUCGAGUUCCUGCUCUGGCUACUGGACCGCAUGCAUGAGGACCUGGGCGCCGCCUCCCCUGCCCACUCCCCGCCGGCCGCCCAGCAUCCCCGUGGGCAGAGCUUCGUGCAGAGCCACUUCCAGGCGCAGUACAGGUCCUCCCUGACGUGUCCUCACUGCCUGAAGCAGAGCAACACCUUCGACCCCUUCCUGUGCAUCUCCCUGCCCAUCCCGCUGCGCCAGACCAGGGCUCUCAACGUCACCCUGGUGCUGCAGUGCGAGCGCCGGCGGUUCGUGCGGGUGGGGCUGGCUGUGCCCCUGCGCGGCACCGUGGCCGAGCUGCGGGAGAUGGUGGCACGGGAGGGACGCAUCCCCCCGGAGCAGGUGGCUGAUGGUGUCACCAUCGGUGGCAACGGUGUCACCCUGGAUGCCUGCAGUGCCACCCAGCUCCCACAGCAGAGACACCCCAGCCCAGCCACCCUCCCCAGCACGCAGGGCACGGGUGCCCUCUUCCGUAUCCGCCUGGCUGGGGGCUCGGCCCCCUGUGCCUACCUGUCCCCGCAGGACCCCCGGCCCCUCUGCCACCCCGCCGUCGACAGAGCGCUGCAGCUGAGUGGGGCGGGUGGCCCUCCCCACGUGAAGCUGACGGUGGAGUGGGACUUGAGCACCAAAGAGCGCCUUUUUGGCAACAUCCAGGAGGAGGUGGUGGAGGACGCGGAGAGCGUGCGGCUGCAGCAGCAAGCACACCGGCAGCAGCACAGCUGCACGCUGGACGAGUGCUUCCAGCUCUACCAGGUGGCUGAGCACCGGCACAAACUCACCACGCUGGUGAGGUUCCCUCUGCGGGGUCUCGACAUGGCCCCUCACGUGGCACAGCGGGGCCAGGCCGGCGGGCAGCUGUUGGGGCGCUGGGCGCCCUGGCAGACCCCCCUCUGCCUGCCCCCGAGCUGCCCCCGUGACUCCCUCUAUGACCUGUACGCCGUCUGCAACCACCACGGCAGCAUGCCGGGUGGCCACCACACCCGGGAGUGCAUAGCCCCUGACCCCCCUCACCCUGUGUCCCCCUUUGUGCCCCCAGCCUACUGCUGCAACGCUCUGGACGGGCGGUGGUACAGCUACGACGACAGCCGGGUGGAGGGGGUGCAGGAGGCGGAGGUGAGCACCCGCAGCGCCUACAUCCUCUUCUACCAGCGCCGGAACGCCGUGCCUGCGUGGUCGGCUGGCAGGCCCGCCAGGGGCGACUAUUUUGGGGGCGCAGGCGGGUCCCCCCACACCAAGGUCUAUGCAAUACGCGAUUCCUCUAGCCAGCUUUUGUACGCGGGGGCUGCGGCCGCGCCGCCAGUGGUUUCUAUUAAAGACACGUGA